AUGGAGAAGCUUGACUGCACGGAACGAAAGCUGCUCAGACGGCUACUAGGCUACUUUUGGCCUAGGGUAUGUCACAAUGAAGAUCUUUACGCAGAAAUUGAUGUGGUAUACCGGCGGAUGACACGUGGAAAACAUCAACAUCUUGCACCGCCAUCGAAAGUGGCUAAAGUAAAUCGUCUUCGCUUCUUUGGUCAUAUAUUAAGGAGACCGGCAGAUCGCCUUGUUCAACGAGUUCUGAGGAGUUCGUCGGGUUCGAGCUGGAAGAAGCCACCUGGCCGAAAACGGAAGUUCUGGACUGAGGCGGUGAAAGAAGAACCUGAGGACACUCGGUGUGGAUAG